UUCAAUCUUGUUUAAUUCAUUUAAUUAAUAAAAGUUCAACACAUUCAAUUAAUCGUAUUCGAUUAGCAACAAGUCAACCGAAUUUAAUAACAAUAUCUCCAUCAGAUAAUGAUUCUUUAUUAGCAUAUACAAAUCAAUCUCAAUCUAUAUGGAAUCAUUCAUUACAGCAGCAAUCAUCAAUAUUAACUCUUGUUAAUCCUCAACAACCUUUAUUAGCUAAUUCAACUCGAACAAUACGUUUAUGGUUACAUGCAUCACACUUAGCUGGUGAAAUGAAUGUUGAUUUUCUAUUUCUUUAUGAAUCCGAUGUUUUUCAACAACCAUUAAGACAUCGAACGAUAAAACAUUCAUCAUUAUUUAUAAUUACACAUUCCAUUGGUUUCAAUACACAAUCACAAUCAUCAGGACUUGGUGAACUUGUUGUACCUGUUCAAAUCGAUAAUUUAAUGGCUACACCAAAUAAUUUAAAUAUUGACGUUCAACAACUUUCCUGUAUUAGUAAACAAUGGAACAUUCAAAAUCUUUCACCUGUAUCAAAGAAUUCUAUUCGUUAUGGUGAAAGUUUAUCUCUUCUAUUUAAAUGUACACACAAACAAAAUGAUAAUGAUUCCUUACAAAUGAAACAUAUUUAUCUAUCAAAUGAUGAAACAAUGAAAGAUAAAUAUAUUGAUAUUAGUCAAAAUCCAAUCAAUGAUUUUUUUUGUCAUUUUAUUUCAAAUAUUGACCCUAUACAAUCAACACAUCGUCAAAAAUCUAUAAAUUCUCCAACAACAACAAUUCCUCCAGUAUCGCUUGUGCUUCUUUGGCAAAUUGCUACUGCAAAUCAAUUAGGUCAAAUUGAAAUUCGUCAUGGUUUACAUAUGCUUUCACCAUCUAUUGAUAUUCCUAAUCAAGAACAAGAAGUAAAUGAUACAAUACAAUAUGAAUUAAUUUAUCCUCCAAUAAUUGAACAUAAAUUUACGAAAACAUUAUUUUUACCAGUUCAAUUAAAAUUAUUUAAUCGAACAAAUGAACAAAUACAAUUACAAUUACAAUUAACUAGAUCAACAUAUGAUAAUGAUCCAUAUUUCACAUCAUGUUGUUUAUGGUCUGGUAUGACAGAACAAUUUAUGAAUUUAUCAGCAAAUGAACAGUUAUCAUUAAAUUUACGUGCAUGUUUUUUUAAACCAGGAUUUUAUUCAUUGGGAAAUAUAACAUUAGCAAUUAUUGAUAAAAUUAAUUCGACAACUAUACCGAUCAAAUCAAAUACACAUCAUUAUUUUGUUGAUAUACGAACAUCACCAUCAUCAUCAUCAUAA